AUUACUAUGUUGUUUGCUCAAUUGAAAAAUCCAAGGACACUGAGGAGCUAAUUUGUUGAUGCUCUCUAAAGUUCUUUGAUUGUUCAUGAGCAAAAGUUCAAUAAGAAGCAGUCUACAUAAGAGGAUCAAGUAACCCUAACCAAGGUGAAAAAACAUAAAAAAAAAAAAAAAAAAAAGAGGAGCUCUCUCCUCUCUCUUCGAAAUCUGCUUCAUCGUCGGUCGCCUUCUGUACGCUUUCCUAACGGCGGUGCUGGAGGCAGUCCUUUCCAACCAGCGAAGGCUUAGAGAUACCGCGAUCCCGCCAAGCGCAUCUGCAGUGUUGGAGAUACUAGGAUCAGUGGAUCCUUUUUUCCUAAGGAGGGUUCAGAUCACACUGACAAAGAUGCAACUGUGACAUGCAAAAAACGACGGAGACUUCCCGUCAAUUUUGGUCUUGAUUCGAUCGUCCCUUCAUCUAAACGAAGGAGGCGAUUCAAAACGUCAAUAUGGCGAUUUUAAUUACCAGCAGCUUGUGAGGUGGAUUGGGAGGAAGGUGAAACUAUUAUCCCCCAAUCUCUGUUGCGCAAUCUUAAUAAAAUGGACGUUUACAUUCUUGGCUCGCCCACGACGAUUAAGCUCAGACCCCACGGUGGGGCGAGCUUUCUCAGUAAAAUCUGUGGGAUCGAUACGUUUGUAUGUGCCUCCCAUUGUUAGCCGGCGGUGAUUCUCUGGCCGCCUCCAAUGACGAAGGGAUCAAUAGCGCGUUUGACUGACAACCAACGGUUUUCCGGUAAGAACCCAGGAAUAUCGGGCUUGCAUAUGGGAAAUGGGAUCUAUCCGAUCCAAUUUCGUAAACGUCUAAGGAUUCCUAGUGAUCCUGCCCCCCGAUUUGAAAAAAUAAAAAAAAGGAAAAACUAAACAUACUCGAAUCCUAAUCCAAAUAGGUCACCUGUUUGUUACGGGAUUAUUGGGCAGCGUCCUCCUUAUAAAACCCUGCCCUAGUCGAGGUUCUUCUUCGCUCUUACGAACACCUCGUCUACGGCAAGUGGUGCAGAGAAGGCGCGCAAUUUCCCAAACGCACAGACUGCACGUUGGUAGGUGGAAGAUUAAUUGUGCAGCUAUUAAUACUCUGCUUUGGGUGGAUUCGACCCUGUUAUAUAAACUCUCUUGUUCACUGUCUUGCUUCCCCUGGUCGGGACUAUGUCUAUCGUUUCUUUCACAAUUGCGGAUGACUCACACAGCCUGCCAUCUUUGCAGCAAGCAACCAUGUCGCGCAUCUCACAAGACCAAAUCGUGGUGUUCUCUUUGGAAGAUGUUCAGUCGAAGAAGGUGCGCCAAGACCAGUCCUUGCUCGGCCGCCUAUUCACCGAAGAAAACUUCUCUCCUCUCGAGCUCAGGGAACUGGUGAAUAACCCCUGGCAAGGACGCCGUUGAAUCCGGGUGAGAGAGGUUUCUCACAGACUCUUUGAGUUCGUUCUACCAACUAAGGUUGUUAAAGCUUGGAUUCUCAAACAAACCCCAUGGGUAAGCGACGACAAGAUCCUCCAUUUACGAGCCUAGUCUCCAUCUGUUACCAGAAGAACUUUUGAUGAGCUAGUUGUAGCUCUUUUCUGAGUCCAAUUAUGGGACGUCCAAGAUGAGUGUUGCACCCAUCAGUUUGGACGCAAAGUAGCGGCUGCCACACUUGGAAGGCUCCUGGAGGCCGGCUUGUUUUCCUGUAAUGAGUCGAAUCAACGUUUCAUUAAACUUAAGGUGCUGCUAGAUUUCUCCAAGCCUCUACAAUCCCACAUUAUGGGGACCAAUGAGGAAACCGGGUGCUUCUGAAUUCGAUUGAAGUAUGAAUAUUUGUCGAGCUUCUGCUUCCAUUGUGGGCGAGCCAGCCAUUCUCGACAGGCCUGCUCGUUUGACCCUCCUUCAAGCAAGGAACGUUUUGGACCUCAGAUGUCGACCAAAAAGUUGGGCCGAAAGGUUUUUUUUAUGAUGAGGAGCAGUUCCCUACCUAUUCCGCACGAUCGGUAUGUGUCAACAAGGAGAUUCGAGGGCAAAUGGUGACUGAUCAGAAGACGACUCGUGGCCUCUCUUUGGAGGCGCGACGGAUAGAGGCAUCGAAAAAGAUGCCUGUGAUUGAAGACAACCCCCUUUGGAUGGGAUCAUCGAAUCACCCUUUCAUGGAAACUGAGCCUCCUAUGCAAAAGCGCCGUAGCCCUCUCCGAUUCCCCGUUUCGAGAGCCCCUAAACUCCAUCUCAGAAAUAAUGGCCGCAAAAUCCAGGCGCUGGCGGAGCAGGGAUCUCAAGCUCCUCGAAAGAAUGGGAGACGUGUGCCUGGACCCCUGGGUCAGGGGCAAAGUACCAUUAAAUGCUGCUCGACAAGCGCCUCAGGCGGAACACUGGAAUGAGAGGUCGAAUGAAAAGCCGCAGGUGACACGACGAGAUGGUCAAAACCUGAACCCUUUGACUAUUAGUCAAAACAAGGAACAAUCUCGACGCCGGCGCCUCAUUCUUGAGGAAGAAUCUGAGGAUGAGUUUAUUGUUCAGGAGAUGCCAUGAAAGCCUACAAAUCCCCGCCUAAACAUGGCUCUCGAGCUAAAAAGAGGAAUGGCAGGCACCCCAAGGUGGAAGGAGACUGAGAAGUUAGUAGUGAGAAGCUAUGUCUAUGGAUCCAAAAUAGGUGAUAAGAAGAAUUCAACAUUAUACCUUUCUCGGCAUUUUGUUUAAUUAAUAUAAAGUGUAGUGAGAAGAAGAAUUCAACGACGAUUGGUUGAUGCGCGAGAACGUGAAUUGUCGCAUCAAUAAUAACUAGUUACAGAAAAGACGCAAAGGUUAGUAUUAUGCAUUUACAGGGAAGAAAACUCUUUAUUUUAA